ACCUUUCUUGUUGCUAACUAUAAAUGCACCCACCUAUGCUAUCACUUACACCAUACUUACAUUCAUACAUUUUCAUCAUUUUCUCUCUCAACUUCUUCUUCUAAACUUAACUAACUCAAAAAAAGAAGGGGUACCAAAUUUUUUUAGUAACCUUCUUCCAACACUAAUUUCUUUUCCUUCCAAAAAUCAUGGACGGAAAACAAAACAGAACAAACAUACAACAAUUUCAAGAUAGAGACGAUAUUGGAUCGUCUCUAUCAAAUCUUAUUUUAUCGAGCAGUACAAACACACUCGAUUCAAUUUUCUCGGAUAUUCCCUCAAUAAACAACUCCUCCGUCACCGCAGCAACCAACUACUUAGGUUCUUCAAUUUUUGAACCAUUAGGUUCCUCUGUCUACCUUCGCCAAAGAGAUAUCCUUCAAAAAUUCUAUGAAGAAACUCGAUCAACGAGUUCCUUCGUUCCAUCUUCAUUUUCAAAUCAAUCUCUAAACCCAUCUUUAUACUCAACAAUAUCAAGUUCAACUUCUUUGUUGAACCCUUUGGAUUUGAAGAAAAAGUUAUACAGAGGAGUGAGACAGAGACACUGGGGAAAAUGGGUUGCUGAAAUUCGACUUCCUCAAAAUAGAAUGAGAGUUUGGCUUGGAACUUAUGAAACUGCUGAAGCUGCAGCUUAUGCUUAUGAUCGUGCAGCUUAUAAGCUUAGAGGAGAAUAUGCACGUUUGAAUUUUCCAAAUUUGAAAGAUCCAACUAAGUUGGGUUUUGGUGAUUCUACUAAAUUGAAUGCUUUGAAGAAUUCUGUUGAUGCUAAAAUUCAAGCUAUUUGUCAAAAGGUGAAAAGGGAAAAAGCUAAAAAGAUUGCUGCUAAGAAGAUGAAGAAGAAGAAUUUAGAGAGUGAUAAUAAGAAAGAGGAAACAGAGAAGAUUAAUUCGUCUUCUUGUUCAUCAUCUUCGUCUUCAUUACCUUUGUCACCGUCGAUUUUUUAUGAAGAUUGGGUGAAUGAAUUGUUUUCACCAACUGUUUCUGAAGAUGGAGUUUGGAAAGGGGAGAAUUCAAAUUCGCCGAAUUCUGUUUCGACAAUGGUGACAGAGGAAACAGAGUUUGAAGAUUGUUCCUUAGCCUUAGCAAGGAUGCCAUCUUUUGAUCCUGAGUUGAUUUGGGAAGUUCUUGCUGUUUAGAAAAAAUAAAUAAAUAAAUAAAUAUAAUACUCCAUGUGGUCUUAUACCAGGUCGACAAAAGUUGAUGUACUGGUACAAAAUUUAGACCAAUACGUCAUCUUUUGUUGACCUGUCUUUUGCUUAUAUAUAUAGUAACGGAGAGAGUAACAUUAUCUUUGCAUUAUUAUCUAGUUAGUGUAAAUGGAAAUUAGUGUUAAUUUUAUGGUUUUAUUUAUGAGUGAGUGUGUUAUGUAUUUAGGUGUAGUUAGUAUGUGAGAAAUAGUGAAAGGGUUAGAAUUGCUGUGACUGUCAUUUCAGCUUUGCUCUUUUUUUUGCUCAAAGGCUUUCAGGAUAUUUUCCUAUGGCAGUUGUUGUGAUAAAAAAAAGUUAUACUAAUAUCUCUUGGUUAUAAUAA